GAGGGCGCCAAAGAGGAGGAACUGGGAUUGCACAAGUUGGAGGUGUUGACUCAUGCCAUCGGUGAGGGCCAAUUCUGUCGUUUGGGCUUCGAGAGAGAGAGUGACGCUGCUCUUCUCCGUCUCUCUCGCUGACCCGAAGCCUCGCUCGCCGUGGGGGGGCCGGCUGUUCAGAGUACAUCUACGAGCUGCAAUCUCGCAUCUCCAGCCUCGAGGCCUCUCUCAAGUCUUGCUCCUCCUCCUCCUCCUCUUCCUCCGUCGGGGGCGGGGCGGCGGGGCUGCCUUCCUCGGGCCUCUCCUCCUCUGUCCUGCCCGGCCUCUUCUCGCCCGCCUCGUCCAUGGCGUUUCACUUCGCCGCGCGCAGCGCCACCAGUCCCAUCAUGUCGCUCUCUGCCGAGUCGCCCAUUCUGCGCCGCGGCUCCGGCUCCGCUGCUGGCGGCGGCGGCUGCGCCUCUACAAAUGGAGGAGGAGGCAACGGCAAGAGCAGCAACAGCAACGGCACCUCGUCUUUUCCCAGCACGCCCGCCUGGCCCAUGCUGCCCUCCUCUCUGCUGCCUUUGCCUCCUUCCCAACCACUUCCUCCCUCUGCCAUCUCCCCCAUCUCCACCUCCUUCUCGUCUUCUUCUUCUUCUUCUUCUGCUGCUGCAGUGCCUCGCAGUAGUGCUCCCGCCUCCUCCCUCUCCUCGGCCGACUCCUAUGGCGCCUCGGCGCGCUCGCGCGCACAGGCGGCAGAGGCCGAACUGCUGCUGAGCUUCAGCACCAGUCCCGAGGCCCUGCGGCCGCUGCAGAGUCCCGAGAUGCUGCGCCCCACGUCAAACGUGCGCGAUGCACUGGCCGACGUGGGCAGAUUGUCGCCUGGCAUUUGAAAAGGCAAGGCUGCGUCGUUCCGCGCGCGCGGCCUCAGAGAUCGAGAUAUCCCCCCC